UGUAACAGCAAAAUAGUUCUCUCUGUGACUUAAUGAAGACAGCUACCUUCCUGACCCUAAAAUAACUUAGGAAAACAGCUUCCAUGACGCUGCUGUGGAGGUGAGAAAGAAGUAUGGUCAGCAUUACCACACACUUAGUGUGACGUUGUGGAAGGAAAUAUUUUUCUCCUUGAACUUUUCAAAAUACUUUCAUUUUGCCUCCCCUUGGGAAUCACCUGCUCAGCCUCGAUGGCCUUUCAGGAGCUCCUGGAUCAAGUUGGAGGCCUGGGGAGAUUCCAGAUCCUUCAGAUGAUUUUCCUUUUUGUAUCCAACCUCAUAGUGUACCCUCAUGUGGUACUAGAGAACUUCACUGCAGCCGUCCCUGGUCAUCGCUGCUGGGUCCCUAUCCUUGACAAUGACACUGACUCUGCUAAUGGCACUGGGACCCUCAGCCAAGACGCCCACCUGAAAAUCUCCAUCCCACUGGACUCAAAUGGGAGGCCAGAGAACUGUCGUCGCUUCCGCCACCCCCAGUGGCAGCUCCUUCACCUGAACGGGACUUUCCCCAACAUGACUGAGCUAGACAUGGAGCCCUGUGUGGAUGGCUGGGUGUAUGACCGAAGCUCCUUCUCCUCCACCAUCGUGAAUGAGUGGGGCCUGGUAUGUGAAUUUCAGUCAUUGAACUCAGUGGCUAAAUUCCUAGUCAUGGCUGGAAUGACGGUGGGAAGCAUCAUAUGUAACUAUUUAUCAGACAGGUUUGGGAGGAAGUUAGUACUCAAGUGGUGUUUGCUCCAGCUCGCCAUCGUUGAUACGUGUGCAGCCUUUGCUCCCAACUUCCUCGUUUACUGUAUACUACGCUUCUUAGCUGGGGUUCCUAUCACAGCCAUAAUAGUAAAUAGCACUAUGCUCAUUGUGGAAUGGGUGAUGCCCCGAUUCCAAGCCAUGGGAACAGCACUGAUGUUCUGUACCUAUGGUAUGGGAUUCAUAACUAUAGGAAGUCUGGCUUUUGCCAUUCGAGACUGGUGCACCCUCCAGCUGGCGAUUUCUGUGCCACUGUUUGUCAUCUUUCUGUCUUCAAGGUGGCUGGUAGAGUCUGCUCGGUGGCUGAUUAUUGCCAACAAACCCAAGGAGGGCUUAAAGAAACUUAGAAAAGUUGCACACAGGAAUGGAAGGAAGAAUGCUGGAGACAUCCUAACCAUUGAGGUCGUGAGGUCCACCAUGCAGGAGGAGCUGGAGGCAGCACAGACCAGACCUUCUAUGUUUGACUUGUUCCGCACACCCAACCUGCGUAAAAGGAUCUGCCUCCUGUGCUUUGUGAGAUUUGUAAUCUCCAUACCAACUUUUGGCCUUCUCCUUCACCUCUAGCAUGUGGAGGGAAAUAUUUUCCUACUCCAGAUUCUCACUGGCAUAGCCAACUUUGCAGGCAAUUUUGUUACAUUUUUUGCAUUGAAUCACCUGGGCCGAAGAGUCAGCCAAAUACUUUUCAUUCUCCUGCUGGCAAUCCCCAUUCUGGCCCAGACUUUCAUACCUCAAGAAAUGCAGAUCCUGUUUAUGGUUUUGACAGUUUUGGCAGUAGGAGGUUCUUGUGGCACAUUCACCAGUUCUGUUUCCCAUGGAUUUGAACUAAUGCCCACUGUACUCAGGGUAACAGCUACAGGAAUCGCAGGAAUUGCUGGUAAUACUGGGGCAGCCCUGGCUCCCCUCAUCAUGAUGCUAGCCGUAUAUUCUCCCAAGCUGCCCUGGAUCAUUUAUGGAGUCUCACCCAUCCUCGGUGGUCUUGUUGUCCCACUCCUUCCUGAAACCAGGAAUCAACCUCUGCCUGAGUCCAUCCAGGAUGUGGAAAAGGAGAGAAAAGUUUCAAGAAAAGCAAAGCAAGAAGGUACCUUCAUGAAAGUGGCACAGGUUUAAGGAAUUCCAGUAACUCACUGCUGAUUCAAGAGCAAAAGAAAAGAAAAAAAUGAGAUAAUGCUUAGACGCCAGGAAAUUUUAUAAAAUAAAUAAAUAAAAGUACGUAAUGCAAAAACAGAUUCUUUACCAUUGUGGUACUAAAUUACUAAGUAUAAAACACCUAUGAAUAAUCAUAGUAAGAAAUGUGAAGAAAACCACAAUAUUUUAAAGGACUUUGAAUAUUUGUAUAACUGUUGAUAACUAGCAUGUUUCUGGAUAGAAAGUUUCAAUAGUACUAAAAAUAACAAGUCUUCCCCCAAUUAAUUGGUAGAAUAAUUGAUGUAAUAAUUACAUUGAAAAACCACAUAUUUUUUGAAGAAUUUAAAAAAUGGUUACAAAUUAUCUAGAAUUUAAUAAUUCCUGGGGUAUAGCUCAAUGGUAAAGAAUUUGUUUAUCAUGCACGAGGUCCUGGGUUCAAUUCCUGGUACCUCCAUUGAAAUACAUAAGUAAACCUGACCCCAAGAAAAAAAAAAGUGAUAAUUUUAAAAACAAUAAUAAUUAGAAUUUAAUAAUAAACUAGAUGAUUCAAAAAAAGAGGAUAAUGUAGUGGGGGUAGCUGGCUAGUCUAUGGAGUAGCAUUUGCUGGACUUUAUUAUAGUUGCAAUAGUCAAAGCAGUUGUAGCAGAUGCAUUUGCAUAUCAAAGGAAGUCCAGAAACAGACCAUAGUUGUAACAUUUUAUAAUUUUGGCAACAUAAAUGUGGGCAAAAUAAAGAAUUAUGCAACAAAUAGUGUAACUAUAUAAAAAUAAAUGACUAAUAAUGCAAUUUCAUAUGCUAAACUAAAAAUUUCUACUUUAAUAAAAAGUUAAAUGGAAUCAAUAAGCCAUAAUUUUCAAUAGAAAACUUGGCUACAAAAUCUUGGAAUAAAAAAUAUUCGGAAUAGUUAAGCAAAUGCCAGAAAUUUAAAGACAGGUGGGUUGAAUAGUACUUAUUUAAAGCCUAUGUUGGGCACAAGGGAUUUUUAGGGCAAUGAAAUUAUUCUGUAUGAUACUAUAGUGGUGGCUUCAUGUCAUUAUGCAUUUGUCAAAAUCCAUAGAAUGUACAACAUCAAGAGUGAACCCUAACAUAAACUACAGACUUUGGUUGAUAACAACGUACCCAUGUUGGUUCAUUGAUUGUACCAAAUAUGCCACACUGAUGAGGGAUGUUGAGGGUAAGGGAGUAUAUAUGUGUGGGUGGGGAGGGCUAUGUGCGAACUCUCUUGUAUUUUCUGCUCAAUUCUGCUGUGAACCUGAAACUGCUCUAAAAAGUAAAGUCUAUUAAUAAAAAAAAAUAAUAAGUAAAGCCAAUGUUGGGCAAAACUCUAACAGUGUAUUGGAUAAAACUAGAAAAAUAUUCACCAAAAUAAAAAAAAAUUAACUUUUAAUGGACUUGUGAGUGAUUGUUAGCUUUUUAAUGAUUGACUUUUGAGUGAUUGUUACUUUCUUCUUUGUAAGUUUCUGUAUUCAAAGUUUUAAUCAAGGAAUAUGUAAAAUUUCAAAAUAUUAUAAGAUGUCAAAAUGAAAGAACAAAUGACAAAAUAAGCAAAUUUCCAAGUGUACUUUUAAUUCUCAUAAAUACCUACCAAAAAAGAAAAAAAGAUAACAAAUAAUUCAAUCGAAA